GUCAAGGUUCUGUAUCAAGAAUUGAUCUUGAUCUGGACCGGAGAGGGGGGGAGGGGGGAGGAGGGAGCAGCUGAGAAGGAGUUUCUAGAGAGAGGGGAGAGCUUCUCUCACUAGAGAAAAGAUAAUCAUGCGCUACCCCUUAUUUGGUAACCUUAAACAAAGUUAACAACUUACACAUCAAAUAUAUUUCUCAACAAACCCUAAUCUAUCUUGCCUCUCUUCUUCAGUUGUCCAUCUCUCUCGCCUUUCUUUCUUCUUCUCUCCUCUCCUCACCUCCAUUUCAAUUACAAGAAAUCUUUCUCAUCCAAAGAAACCCAGACCAUAAUUAUUUGCAAUUUCAUGUACCCAGACGAAUCUCUCUCAAGGUUAACAAAUUCCUUCUCUCUUUCUCUUCCCCAUCAAAAAGUUCAAUCUCCAAAUUAGUCAGUUUAUUUGAUCAGUAAUCGACUAAUCGCGAAGGUCCGUACGACAACUACAUCUACAAAGGCACCAAGUUCACUUCGCGGCAACUACUUUGUCUCCCAUAUGUGAUUCCAGGGUGGCAGGAUUGUCUACUAAUGGCGAAGAAAAGGCAAAUAGAACUGGUGAGAAAUCCCUUGCACAAGAGAAGUACUACAAGUGGUCUUAUUGACAUUUUAAACUCCGACAAUGAUCCGGAUUCACAAGAUAGUUGGGUCAUAGUCAAAAAGCAGAGAGUUAACAUUUUGUUGCCUGUACUGCCUGGUGCUAAUAAACCACCACUUCCAAGCCUAGAGCCAAGUCAGCUGCAACUUGUGGCUAGAGAAACGGUAGAAAGUGAAUCACAGCUUCCUAUCAAUACACAUCCCAAAACGGCUUCAGUUUAUGAGAAAAAGAAGAUUAAACCUGUUGCCCGUAAGGUCGUGGAACUUGCUAAGAAAGCUUCUCCUGCUGCUGAAUACGUUCCAACCUUUUCCCAGUCGAUGAGGCGAGACAUUAGAACAAAUUCACGAAUUCCAGAUCAGAUGGCUACUUCACAGUAUCAGAGAGCACUAGGGGUAUCUAUAACCUCAAAAGCCAUGAUGCAGCAAAGAAAAUUACAACAUGUUUUCCUGGAUCAGGGACUGUUGGUGAAUCAAAGGCUGAGAGCUCGGAAUCUUGCAAGGAAACUUCAGAAUGCUGGUGGAUUAAGCAGGUGGUUAGCAUCAUUGGGACUGGAGCAGUUUGUUAAGAUAUUUCAGAGGAAAGGUUUCAGUAAAUUCCAUUUGGUGAAUUUGAACAUGAAAAAGCUCAAAGAUAUGGGUGCAAAUGCAGUUGGGCCAAGAAGGAAAUUGAUGCAUGCAAUAGAAUGCUUUUGCCAACCAUCCUAUUAUUAAGGCACUCCGAAAUCAUUUACCUGAAUAUAGAAGCUGAUCAGACGCGCCCAGAAGAGAAAUCCCCUUCAUGCUGUUGGUCCAAGUUGUGUGCAAUUUAUAAUUUUUGCAUUUUAUGAAAAGAAAGUGUCAACAAUGUGCACUGGCAGCAGUUUUAUAUUUCUUGGAUCAAAUAGUGAAUAUGAAAGGUGCAGGCCUCUACAGCGCAGAAUGGCAAAACUGGUUCAGGUACAUGAUUACUACUUUUGUGGAUUAGCCUCUAUCCACAAUGAUCGGGUAUUGAGAAUGCUACAUGAUUGGGUAGUGUCAAAUAGAUAGUUCAAUUCUGUACAUUCAUGAAGUUAUAACUAGAAGAUUUGUGCUCAAAGUUUCAGCUUAAGUGAAGUAAUUUCCUGUUCUUGUAAUUCAUUCUGUUUCAAAUUUAAUGUUAACAUCUGUUAUAAUAAUAAAGAAUAUCACGAUUGGGUAGUGUCAAAUAGAUAGUUCAAUUCUGUACAUUCAUGAAGUUAGAACUAGAAGAUUUAUGCUC